AUGACGGAAGGGCAAGGUCAGCCUCUGAAAUUCACCAUCACCCACUAUCGCAAGCCUCAACAUACACAUGAAGAAUUUAUUAAGUGGAUCGUUGAGGGCCACCUUCCUCUUGCUAUUUCCGUCUUCAAUAAGCACAGAAUCCUUGGCUAUACACUUCUGGAGGCGGUCAAGGACGAGGAACACUGGGUGGACACGUCGAAGGCCUUGGCUACUCUGGGAUAUGCGACUCAGUACUUAUUGCCGAACGGGGAGACUGUUAACUUGCCAAAGUGA